AACAGUUGGAAAAGAACAAAAAGAGGUUCACACUUGUUCAAUUUCAAUGCUAUAAACUGCAAUUAUUUUUUCGCAUAUACCGAUUUAACAAAAAAAAAACACUGCACUGAAGUAACUUCAUAAAAUUGUAGAAAAAAUACAAAAGAACAACAAAAAAUAACUGUGAUUUCAAGAAAAAUAUUUUGUGUUGAUUAAAAAAACGCAAUUUUUUUAAAAGAAGAAAAACUAAAACAAACAUUAAUAUUAUAAUUUUUUUUUGCCAUACACAACUACAAAGAAAGAAACAGAAGAAAAACGCAACUUUUGCAAAUAUUUUUAGAAGAAGAAGAAAGAAGAAGAAAAAACAGCAGACGACGAAUUCAUACGACAAAAGGCGACGACAGACAACACAAGCAACUACCACACAUAGCACGAGACGCAGAGAAGUGAAGGGGAAUAAAAUAUAUAAAGAAGUAACGCCAAAAAUAUUAAAAGUAUAAUUAUUUUAAACAAAAUUAAAUUAAAAUUCGUUUGAAGUAGUUAACGAAAAUAAUAGAAAAAUAGUUUAAAAAUUUAUUACAAAGAAGAAAUUGUGGUAAUUUACAUUAAGUGUGCUGAAGAAGUAAGAAGAGGAGUAGUAGUAUAAAGGAGAACCUGCAGAAUUAAAUAAAUCCUUUAAAAGUCUACAGAGAAAAAUAUAAAAUUAGCCACAGCCUUAGUGUUUUUUCCACAAAUAUUCAUCUAAAAGCAAUAAUAUCCAGUGCUUUAUUAACAAAAACGCUUCUUAGCCAAACACAUUAGGUUACGGUUUACAAUAGAAUAUAUUCUAUUCUCGAACAAAACAAAGAAAAUAAAAACUUACUUGCAUAUUCUACAUUUAAAUUUUCAUACUACAGCGAGACAAAAGAGUAAACAUCCCAACUGGCUCCGUACAAUCAAAACGUCAACACGAAAUCUCUAGAUAACGAGCAAGUAGAAAACGAAAUGGUAAUGGAUGCAACUCAACCCCAACAACCAUCGCCACAGUCGGUUGGACGUGAAUUUGUCCGCCAAUACUAUACAUUACUGAAUAAGGCACCCAAUCACUUGCAUCGUUUCUACAAUAAUAACUCAUCGUUCAUACAUGGUGAAUCGACCCUUGUCGUGGGCCAAAAGAAUAUUCACAAUCGUAUUCAACAAUUGAACUUCCACGAUUGUCAUGCAAAAAUCAGUCAAGUUGACGCCCAGGCAACAUUGGGCAAUGGCGUUGUCGUUCAAGUCACCGGAGAGUUGUCAAAUGACGGCCAACCUAUGCGCCGUUUUACUCAAACCUUUGUGUUGGCUGCGCAGUCGCCAAAGAAGUACUACGUGCAUAACGAUAUCUUCCGUUAUCAAGAUUUGUACUCGGAUGAGGAAGUUGACGGUGAGCCACGCUCUGAGAAUGACGAGGAUCAUGAACAACAACAGGUGCCACAACCAUUACUAGGUGGUGGUCAUGCAGUAGUAGCUUCGCCAGCCACUGCUGUUGUACAGGCCAAUGAACAGCAAGCUCCUGUUGUAGGUGCGGUCAACGAGCCCCAAGUAUUGCCCAAUCCGGUUGUAGCUGGAUCGACCGCCGCCACAGGUGUAUUGAAUCAACAGGCUCAAACUGUUUACUAUCCAAUGCCCGCAGCUGGAGGACGUCCUAUGGCAGUUUUACCUCCACCCCCUGGUGCUGCUCCUGUCCCUAUGGCUGCAAAUUUCGCUAAUACUACUGCUGCAGGUGUUGCUCCUCAAGCGGUCCCAGCCGCUGGUGUUACUCAACUCAACGGAGUUGUUGCUCAUGAAGAACUCAUAACCAACAUACAACAACCCACUGUCGCUCAACAACCACAACUGGCCGCCGCCAAUCAGACUCCUUCACCGGUUUUGACACCAGCUGCCGGUACUGUUUCGGUUGGUAAUGCUACUGUUCUUGGUGCUCAGACUCCAUCUGGAGUAGCCAGUGUUCCCGUGGCUGUAUCUGCCUCUGCCGCAACUGGCCUGCCCCAAAAUCCAGCAUCAGCGAUACCAAAUUAUCAACAAUCACCUCUUAUGCCAACACAUAUCCUUCAACAACCUCAACAACAGCAGCAACAACAACCCCAGCAACAGUUACCGAAUACACCUUCCCAAAUGCAACAACAGCCACAGACUCUUCUCCAACAAUCGCAAACACCACUAAGCGCCGGCACAAACAUUACCGAUGUUGAAGAUACCACAAUCAACAUGUCGUCAAAUGCUCCUCCCUCUUUAACCGAACAACAACAGCAGCAACAGCAACAACCAUCCCGCCCUAAUACAGCCGCUAAUGUUGUCGCCAGUGGUCAAACAGUCGCUUCCUCAGCAUCAACCGUUCUUGAACCAACUCCCGCUCCCGUUGUUGAAGAUUUCAAGACAAUCAAUGAACAGCAACAACAAGAGAAAUAUGAAGCUGCAAAGCAACAACAACAACAGCAGAAAACAUAUGCCAAUCUCUUUAAGUCAUCUUCCCCCAAUAGCUUUGUAAAGGCCGCCAUGCAACAACAACAGCAAUUGCAACAACAACAUCAGCAACAGCAACAACAACAGCAGCAAAGUGUCGGUAGUAUGUACCAGCAGACUAAUUCUUCGAAUAUUUCAUCAUCAAAUACUUACUCACAAUCGGCCAGUUCAACCAGCUCCACGAUGCCAGUCUAUGGUAAUCGCAAUAACGACAACAGCUCCUCAACAAUGCGUCAGGAUAACAAUAAUAGUCAGGGAAGUGGUGGUCCAUUGCCUCAGCGUUCAAAUGCUAAAGGAUUCAGUAAAGAUUUUGAACAACGCCGAACCAGUAAUACCCAACAAUUUGGAGAUAGUCAACAGUUGUUUUUGGGCAAUAUCCCACAUCAUGCAUCAGAGGAAGAACUAAAAGCACUGUUUAGCCGUUUCGGCCAAGUAGUCGAUUUAAGGAUUCUAUCGAAAGGCAGUGGCAAGUUACCACCUGGGGCUAGAAACCCCUUAAAUUACGGCUUUAUUACCUACAAUGAUGCCGAGGCCGUACAAAAUUGUUUGGCUAAUUGUCCUUUGUAUUUCCCCGAUUCAGCUGAUGGACAAAAAUUGAAUGUUGAAGAAAAGAAACCAAGAACUCGUCCCAACGAUAUGCCACCACGUCAAAGUAUGGGCGGAAGUGGCAUGAACAACAUGAACAAUAACCAACGUAACAUGAGUGGUGGACCACCAUCACGAUCAUUAUCAAACUCUGGCAGUGGAAGUAUGAUGCGUGGUAAUAGUGUGGGUAAUAACACCAACAGUAUGUCACGUGGUGGUUCUAGUAGUGGUGGCUCCGGCGGUCCUCCACGUAUGGGUGGUGCUUUUAAUCGUAAUGAUAAUCGGCCCUCUAAUGGUGGUGGCAGCGGCGGUGGUUCACAAAUGCGCGGUGGAAAUAAUAACUCACAAUCACAGGGUAACAGCUACGGCGUACGACGCUAACCAUUAAUAUUCUUCUAUCAUCCACAAACACCUCCAGCACCACAACCAUCAUUACCACCACCACCCACACAGCAGCAACAACAAGCAGUAACGGCGGCAACAGCAACAACAAAUGUAGUAGCUCGUCCAGCGCUGAAUUGUUAUGCUAACACUACAACAAUUGUAGCUACCGCAACUCCUCAAUAAAAGAAAAACAAAAGCAAAACACUCAAAUUUGGAAACUCUCAAAAACGAAACAAAAAAAGCAAAAAAAAAAAACAGCAACAACAGC